UUCUUUCCUCAAUACAGUUUCAUAUAAUCUUCUCAUAAUUCAUUCAUUAUUAACAUGAAUGCAAAUUAACACGAUGUACUACUUUCCAACUAUGAUAAUCGACGGUAUUUAUCGUCAAUAUGAUCAUACUUCAAUAAUGAAUAUGUAGUUUCUCUCAUCUUCUUCAUCAUUUUAUUUUUAUUUUUUUUCCUUGUGUUCCCGACUAGAAUUUGGAUUGCUCUUUUGUACAAAUUCCCCAACUACUCAUCAUCAUCCAUUUCUUUGGAAAAUGCUUGCUUCUUCUAACACCAAUCAAAUCUCUUCAUUUCCAUUUAUGAAUGAAAGUACUUCAAUUGAGAAGUCCAUCCAAAUCCAUGAUCAAAAUCAAAACCCUAUGUCUAGAUUAUUUGAACAACAAAACCACCCACCAUCUUUACAACUCAUUGAUUGCUACAAUUACAAUUACAACUACAACUUCAACCCUUUUCUUGAUGAUCAUCAAGAAUUCAUUUUGGGGCACAUUUUGUAUUCUCAAAAACACCAAUUACUUGGUAAUAAUUCCAAUUCUUUUGAUCCUGAAAUUGGGCUUAUUGAAAGUACCAAUAACACCAACAAUGAAGCAACAACAACAUCCCAAAAUUCCUCCCAAAACAAGGCCAAAACCGAUCAUACUUCACCGAAAAAGCCCAUAAUUUCUAGAAAGAGAUCAUCAAGUGGGAUGAAGAAGAAGGAUAGACAUAGCAAGAUCUGCACUUCAAAAGGGCCAAGAGAUAGAAGAAUGAGGCUUUCACUUGAAAUUGCAAGAAAUUUCUUUGAUCUACAAGAUAUGCUUGGAUUUGAUAAAGCAAGCAAGACUGUGGAGUGGCUUUUUACCAAAUCAAGAAAUGCAAUUAAGGAGCUCAAGGAGAAAUACUUAUCAGAGGCCAAUCGUAAAAGCUCUUGUGAUUCUACUCUUGUAACAAAACUUUCAGUCUAUAAUGAUAAGGCAGUACCUAGAGGGAAAAAGAGAAGGAGAUUAAGGAUUGUUGAUAAAGAAUCCAGAUAUAAAGCAAGAGCCAGAGCCAGAGAGAGAACGAGGGCAAAGUCGAUUCGAUGCGGUUUGGAGAUAUCAAAAACAGAUUUCGAAGGAAACCCAGAUGGGGUUUGUAAAAUGGGAGAUGUUAUUGAAGAAAUUAGUAGCACCAAAAGAAAGAUGAAACAUGUUUCAAUUUGUGAAAAUGAGAAAAUUUUGAGGUCAAAAGGGAAAAAUUCAGCUUCUUUGAUUAGUAAUCAGUGCGAGGAUAAAAGGGUUUCAAAGGAAAUAUGCUCUGAUGAGAUUCAUCUUCUUCCUGAUUCUUCCAUGGAUAUGGCCACCCUGUCCUUGGACACCAUGAAAGCAUCACCUGCAGGUUUGAAAUUGCUGGAACUAGAUGAAAUUGAUGGUGUGCUGAUCUUCUAUGGAGAAUGAAAAUGCAAGAACUGAAAUCCUUGGUACCAGAUUCAAGUGCAGAGAAGCUUUAUAAUUUGUAACUUCAGACAGAAGUACUUAAGGUAUUGUUUAAUAUUGGAAAUUAAAUAAUGUUCUUCCUAAGUCUCUUUGCAAUGAAUAAAUGUUAUUAUUAUUAUUUUUUAUUAGGCAAACUAUAUUCAUCAAUCAGCUGUCUUCUCAGUCCCUUUAAUUUUUCUUUGUAGUACUUGAAUUAAUAAUGGAGUUGGAAUCCAUCGGUUGCCCUAGCUUGUAAUUUGUACACAUAUAU